AUGAGUAUAAUUGAUGACCAAAGUUUUGAUCCAAAUACCUCAGAGAUGGCCUUAAUGGAGGUAAUGGCAAAGAGUUUGCAUCAUGUUUUUGAGACUUUUCAGUAUGAGGCCAGCACAUUAAGGAAUAAAAGUGACCAAGCGAUAUCUAAAUCUCUGGAGCAGUAUGUGUCCAGUUUAAAGAAUGUGUUUUCGGAGUCAUUUAGUAAUUUGAGCACUUAUAUAGGAAAUCCUGGUGAACUACAGGAAUCAAUGGAUAUGUUCUUUUUCAGUGCAUAUAUAUUUGAGCUAUUUUAUGUAGUAUUUUACUCCAGUGAAGAGGAAUUAACAGAUAGUCUGUUUAAGUGGUACCUUAAAUAUGGAAUGAGAGAUUCAGUUUCCCAACUUGUUGGACAGUUAACUGAAGCUUCUGACAACUUUCUGGAUUUCCAAGAAUCUGGGAAAGUAUCGGAAGCUAGACAUGCAGAGGAAAGGCUUGGAAAACUCCUCACUAGGGCUUUAUUGUUAGGGGAGAUUGAGCUUUUUAAUUCCAGUAUUUGGAGUCUGUUUCCAAAUGAUAAAUUUAUACUUUCGUUAAGUAACUUACUAAGUCAUCAUUCAAAAGAGCUUCCCCCUAUUAGUAGAAGCCUCUCCAAAGAGCUUCAGCUUUUAAAAAAUAACCUUCCAACAGUGGUUCAGACUUCUUUGGAGGGACUUUUUGGUAAUGGCAGUGUGAUUCAAGAUUGCUCAGAUUCUUGGUUAGAAGCUUUUGUGUUUUCUUCCAAAUAUGUUUCAGGAAUAAGCUUGGAUAACUUUCCUCAAUUUUUGUCAAUUUACCUGGAUUGUUUAAGCCAAGAUACAUCUCCAGUACCUGGAAUAAAUUCUUCUGUUGCAAGAUCAUCACAAAAUAAAAGAUCAUCUAUUCUCAGGAAAGCCCCUCAAGAUAUGCUAGAACAUGAACUUGGUGCUUUGUAUCUGCUUUCUAGAGAUUUAAGUAAGUUUAUUGUCCAUCUAUACGAAUCAUCUGAACUUUAUGGACCAUUUCUUGCUGCUCAUUUAUUUGAUCCUCUCUUUUAUGAGGGUUUUCUUGAGGAGGUACCUUUGGAACUUAAAUCAAAAAAUCUGAGAUCCAGAGUUUUGAUGAAUUAUACUCUUUGGUUAGUAGAGACAGAUCUUUGCGACCCUGCAAUAUACUUACAGGAAUGCUCAGACUCACCGGAUUUAAAAGAAGAUAUUCUCAGAGCCCUAACUUUGAUUUCAAAUAAAAUUCCUUUACUGUUUGAGUAUGUAUCAGAUAACCUUGAAACAGAGGCUGAAAAUAUCUUUUUGAAUAAUGGGGAAUCAAAUGAUCCUAAAUGUGAACAGUGUUUUCUAAAUGAAUACAUUCCAGACUGGAACAUGGACGAAUCGAUUUCUGUUUUUUUCAAGCUAAUCAGAGAAUUCAUUCCUCAGAUUGUGCCUCUAAAAGACCAACAAAUUGACUUCUCCAGAAAACUUAUAGUUGAGAGAUUUAAUCAAGCAACUUUAGAGCUCCAGAAAUCAUUUGAAUCUAAAACAUCUCUCAAGCAACACCUUUUACUGUUAGAGAAAGUCAUUCUACUUUUAGAGCUGGCAAGAAUUGAAAACACAAACCAGGUAAUAUCUAUGUGGAUAAUUUUGGAGCAUUAUGUAAAUGUUCCUCCUACUCUGUUCCUAAACAUAAUUGCUGAAAAAGGAGAUAUAUACUCUCAAUACAAUUUUCAAGAAAAACUUCCGGAAGAAUACAUGUUGGAUUUGGAUCUAACAAAAGAUGUGUCUCUUGAGAAGCAACUUGUUCUUAUUACCGAAUUCUAUCCCCAAAGAGGGAUUUUGGAAACAAUUUCCCAACUAAUUCCUGAAUUCUCUGGACAAGGAUCAAACCUAAAGAUUCCUCCAUUCUUUAAAACGAUGAUAGAGUUUUCUCAGCAUAUUAACUCUAUAUUCUGGACUCUUCUUUCUCCUUCCUGGAAUCCAGAAAAACAACUUUGGGAAACAGAGUCUAAUAUCAAUAAAGAUACUCUUUCGAAAUUGAGCUGUUUAAAACAGCCUUGCCAAGAUUGUUGUCCUGACCAAUUAUCCUCAGACGAUGAGAUGCUGGAUAGCGCUGCUAAGAUGAUUUUAUCAGCAAAUCCGAACGCUAUCCCUCAAAUCCUGAUACCACUAUAUUGUCUAUACUGCCAAAAACUACUUGAAGGACAUAUAUCUGGGAGCAUUCAGAAUUUAGAUGUAAUCUCCCGUAUUUCUUCGAGCUGGAUGGACAUUUUCCUUGCUCAUGCAAUUUCCGAUACACAUCAUCCUUUUAUUAACAAUCCAGAUUUAAAUUCAACUAUUAUUGCUAAGGUUUCAGACAUUGUCAACAAAUCUUUCCUGUAA